UAUAUAAAACUCCACUUUCCUUUUUCAUUCUCAAACCAUUAACAACCAACACACUCAACCUUCUCAAUAUAGGUAGAUCUUUCUCUUCAUUUAUUUUCAACAAUGGGAAAUUCUGUAGUAACUCCAUGCUUUCAUCCACAAAACAAAAAAUUAUCGUCAUCGUCGUCUUCAGCUAAGCUUAUAUUUUGGCAAGGCGCCACGAGAUUCUUAAACGGAAACCACACCGCCGGGGAGAUUUUCUUCGAGUUUCCAGAGACGAUGAUUUGCCAUGUGGACUCGUUUUUUAUCGGUCACCCGAUCCCUAGUUUAGACUCGGAAGACGAACUCGUCCCCGGCGAGGCAUACUUUGUUGUCCCUAUCGAUCUCUUUUCAUGCAAAACACUCUCAGUUUCUUCACUGUUAUCAUUGAGAUCACAUAAUAAUAGUAAUAACAACAAGUCAACGAUCAAAUUCGGAGAGUGUCCGUUUGAGUAUUUGAAGGAUUGUGAUGGAAAGGUUUUGAUAAAAGUUAUGCCGGAGUUUAUGAUGAGGCUUGUUGAUGGAGAUAGAUCAGUGAAUGAUGGUUGCGUUAGUAUUAAAAGCAGUUUCCUUUGUAGUACUCCUGAGUUGAAAAAACAUUAUGAAAUGCUUGUGAAAUCUAAGGAUCAGGUUUGGUCUCCUAAGCUUGAGACUAUUUUGGAAAACAAGGUUAGGCUUAGAAAAGAUAGAAAAAAGACCCAAACUGUGUCUGAUAGAUAGAGUUUAUAUAUAUAUAUAUAUAUAUAUAUAUAUAUAUAUAUAUAUAUAUAUAUAUAUAUAUAUAUAUAUAUAUAUUUAUGUAUGUAUGUAUGUAUGCAUGCAUGCAUGCAUGUAUAAAGUUGUAGAGUUAAAUGAAAUUUAUGUACUGAUUGAUCUUAUAUGUACAUCAGUCAAUUUUGGACACAGUUUUGAUUAGUGAACUUUGUAAAUUUUUCUGAUCUGUUCAUAAUUAUGUGGAAAUUAUAUGGUGAAAAUUGUUAGAAGAGAAGUCAAACAUGGUUGGCAGAAUUGAAACUGAAAAGAAACAUGAAUUUUAUUGAUGAACUUAUCCAUUUCUGAAUCAAAUAAUACUAUAGCAUAUUGAUUCAUUGC